AUGUUUGAAGAAAGGAGCCCCUGUGAUUCAAACCUACAGAGGAAAAAGUACCUAUUCCAAAGAAUUCACAUUGAUAUUGUUACUAGAGUACUUUUAGAAAAAUACCAUGAAUCAUCAAUGAUUUUUGUUGAAGUAUUUUCGUGGUCAUUUUUUUUGGUAGCUGUCUUGGUAUCACUGUAUACUCAUCAAGACUAUAGUCUCCAUCUAUCUCUUAUACUGCCCAUCGAUAGCAACAACUAUGAAAACAAUCAUUUCCCACAACCUCAUGAACUAUUACCUCAACCAAUCAUUACUGAUUUAAAUGGUGAUCAAAGAAAUCAAAUUAUAUAUGUAACAAAUGAUCAAAAGAUUAGAAUAGUAGAUCCAUUAUAUGCAAUCAAUAAUAUGAAUACAAACAAUGAAAAUGGUAGAAUAGUUGGUAGAAAUGAUAUUAUUUAUGAAGCAUCACUUUCAUCUAAAUUUGGUAUAUCUAGUGGUAGAAGACCUGUUGCUCUAAAGACUGGUUAUACAACUCCCAGCGGUACAGCUGCUAAUAGAGAACAAGUCAUUGUAGUUGUAUUAGAUGAUUGGAGUGUACUAUGUUAUAAUAGUCGUUUGAAACCACUAUGGGAGAGUUUUAUAAUUGAUGAUAUUCCAAAGAAUCAUUAUCUAUCUGAAAUAGCAAUUGAUAUAAUACCAAUUAAUUUAAAAGAGGGAGAUCAAGGAUUAAUAGUUUUGGGUGGUCGAUUAGAACCUGUUGGCAAUGGAGUGGGACACAAGCCACAUGUAAUGCCUGCGAUUGGAAUAGACCCAAAGAAAUAUAUGGAUAAUGAUUAUCUAUCCGAUGGAGAGUUUACAGGAUACGAUCCAAAUGAAGAGGAUGUUGGUGGUGGUGAACAUCAAGGAGAAGGACACGAUCAUAAAGAUGAAGGUGGAUUACAUGGUCGUGACGAAUCACACUUUUCAUAUUAUGCAUUGGAUGCCAAGACAGGUGCAAAGAGAUGGAGUCAUGAAGAGAAUGAUUUCAAACCAAAGAAUGUACAUUUAGACGAAGAAUACCAUGGUGAAAAGAGACAUAGUUACAAACAACACAUCAUCUCAUUGAUGGAUCAUGAAGGAGAGGUUAAUUGGAAAUUAUUCAAGGAUAAUAUGCUUGACCAACUUCCACAUUCUUGGUCAUCUAGGUAUGACACUAAACUACAAUCAAAUCAUUUUACAAAGAGUAAAAAGUCUGGUCAAAGUAACCAGGGUGGUAAUACUCCAAGCACGUCGGGUACUGGAGGAAAAGAAUGGGAAAAUUUGUUUGGUCAACAAAGUCAGAGUCAAACAACGCAACAACGAUGGAAUCAAGAAGAAUCAAAUGUUAUAGUAUCACAUCAUCGUCAUGGGAUAGAGGUUAUUCAUAUUAGUUCAGGUCGGACUCUUUGCAAACUGUUGUUGGAGGGAACUGAUGCGCAUCGGUCAUUGACGAGUCACCAUUACAUUGUCUAUGUUGACUUGGAUGGCGAUGGUAUGGUGGAUCAGGUGCACUCGGUGACUGGUGAUCCGGUCGGCUCAGUCUCUUCGUUUAGUCGGUCGAGUAGACAAGAUGUGUGUAUGGGUAUGGCGUUGGCAGGUCUGCCACCCCGCGACCACCUCUUUAACAAGAGUAUAUGUGGAUGGACCUCUCAACUCGACUUUUUCUGGCCGGCUGGGUUCCGGUCAUCCGGUAACUCGAUCGACGGUCUCGACAAGAGCAAGCGUGUCUCAUAUCAGACUGUUCGACCAGCCGUCUUUAACGCAGUCUACUCGUUACGACCAACCCACAAAGACACGGUAUUCCUCGUUAAUUCGGGUAAGAUCAAUAGUGUCAACUCGCGUGGCUACACUAAUUGGAAUAUCGAUAGUCCAGCAACAUGGUCACGUAACAAUAUCAUCAUCCAUCAUCCCUCGAUCCAACCAUUCAACAUUGCCACUCAACCACAUCAAACUGAUCAACAAGUGCUUGCUAUUGGUGAAUCCAUCGUCAUUCUAUCAGCAUCUGAUGGUUCAAUUCUUUUACAAAAGAAAAUUAAAUCAAUUUCAUUUAAUAAUCAAAAUAAUAAUGGAAAUGGAAAUAAUAAUGUAUUACCAACAGCACCACCUAUUAUUGGAGAUUUAAAUCAAGAUGGUAUUAAUGAUAUUAUAGUUCCAACAUUGUCAGGUUACUAUAUCUAUAAUCUAACCAAAGGAUAUAGUACAUUCCUAUUUUCAUGUUUUACAGUGAUUAUCAUUGCCACUCUACUUGUCACUGUCAUCCUAUCCAAACAACAAUCUUUAAAGAAAUCCAACCAAAAUAAUAAUCCAUAUCAACUAAACAAAAGAAAUCAAAGUAAUAAUAAUAAUAUUAGUAAUAAUCUUUCAUCAGUAUUUACAAAAAAUAUAUUAAAUAAUAAACGUUCAACUGAUUGA